CCUCUUCCUUUCGCUUCGUCCUCAGCUCUCGACCUCGUCCAUUGCCAGCUCUAUUCCAUCUUCUUUUCCGUGGAAUCUCUCGCUCGGAUCGGCUUUGUGUGGUACUGCAAAAAUCAGCGCUCCUCACUUCAUUGGCCCACCAUCCUCAGCAACACACGUUAAUUGUUUCGCGCCAUCAGGGCAGAGAGAUCGAAGCCAUCGGAUUCGCAUUGCCAGGAACACAUUCAGCGGCUUCCGGAGCCCCUUGACCAGACUUUGUCAAUCUUCUUGACUGUUACCUCCGACUAAAGCGACACCGUCUCCAGCAGCUUCAUUAUCCAAUUCCACAAUCACCGAAAUUUAUCAGCGAUCCAGUCUCCGACAUCCACUCUCCCGUACAGCCUACAGAAGCAUCUCCGUCCCGACAACCACCCGCAAUCAACCUCUCUCGUCAUCACCUCCCAAAUCACCUCCCAGCCGCUUCCUUCAGUCACUUCACCAUGGAAGACACGACGUCCACCACAAUCCGGCCCUCAGCGGCCACCACCAACCCUCCCAGCGUCGAGAACGCCUACAAGCGCAAAUGCCUUGCCCUGAAGAAGCGCCUCAACGAGAUCGAGGAAGAGAACGAACAGAUGCGCGUCCGCAACCGGCGCGGCUGGCAGUACAUCCAGAAGAUGCGCCUGGAGUCGUGCAUCUUGCUGGAGCGCCUGGCCAAGGUCACCGGCAUGACCGAGGAGGCGUCCUCGCAGGCAGGGGCCGCCGCCAACCCGGAACUCCGGGCCCGCGCCGUCGCGCUGAUGAGCAACGCCUCGGCGUUGAAUGGGCUGACCGCAUCGUCGGAGGGUAAGAAUGGGACCGCUGGCGGCGGUGGCGGCGGCGCGUAUCUGGAUGAUGAGACGGAGGGGAGUUCAGAUGAGCAGCCUCCUACUCCCCAAGAACGACCUCUCCGCGUCAAACGAUCCCGAAAAUCCAACCUCCCCGACGGCGUCGGCGCCGACGAUGAAGGCAGCACCGCCGCCGCCGGAGCUGCCAGUAACAACGCGGCCGACAACGGCGACAACAACACCGAUAACAACGGCACCCUGCCCCGGCUGGCCCCCGCCCCGUCCCAGGACGAUCUGAGCUCCACGUUUCGGCUUGGGGCCGGCCAGCACCCAGAAUCCGAUGAGCGCGGCACGAGUCAGAAUCCGGAAUCCGGCUCGAGGACCCAGGAGAAUGAGAACGAGGCUGGUGACGCAUCAGUGGAACCCUCCUCGACGCCGAUGGAUGUGGAUGUCAAGGAACCGAAGGAGGAGAGCUAGGGACACGCUAUGCGACUUCUUCUUCCACUCAAAUUAAUCUUCACAAUUUUCCUAUCUUUCUGGGUCUCGAGUAUCUCCAUCUCCCCACCUCCCCUUUUCUCUGAUUGUAUAAACAAGGGCUACGGAGCGGGAGACAAAUCUCAAAACAAACUUCAAAAGACCAUCAUCCAUGGCUUAUAUCUUCUUCUCUUCUUGACUAACUGGUGACCUGAAAACUGUUUUUAUUUGCUUUGUGGGUGUUAGACUUGCGCGAAACCAUGAUUUUGGAAUUGGGGAAACUGGAGCUUUUUUUUUCGUGUUGGGUUGUUUUACCUUCUG